UCAUGACACAUAAGAUGAUGGCAACUUUAACAAUUCUAUUGAUGGAAAUUGGAAUAUCUCAUGUUCGGAGUCUAAGCGCUUUUGUAAUAAUUAACUAAAAUUUCGACUUUUUAUAGUAUUAAUAAUCAUUAACUACGCUUAUUUCUAUUUUAUCUUCGUAGUUUUGUAAAAGUUGCAACUGUGGAUAGAUUACACAAAAUGGGUUUUAUCCUCCAGAUGGAUGGUGGUGUUGUACACCCCCACUCAAGUGUGGUCCAUGGAGGGGUGACAGGAGUUGUACAUGGAAUGCCAGUACAUGGGGCGGGUCCAGAUGGAGAGCAUCCUCCUCAUGGACCACGGCGCCGCUAUCAAAACAGACCCAAGCCCUCUAACAAUUUGGAACGUCUACCACUUGAUGAAGCUGCGAAAAGGGAAAUGGAAGCUCUCCCAAUGAAGACACCAGUGUCAGUACUGCAAGAGCUCUUGGCUAGACGUGGCACGGUUCCCAAAUAUGAGCUGGUGCAAAUAGAAGGAAUGAUUCAUGAACCUACCUUUCGCUAUCGGGUGACUGUUGCAGAUUUGAUUGCAAUGGGUACUGGAAGAUCGAAAAAGGAAGCUAAGCAUUCAGCUGCCAAAGCUUUACUUGAUAAGUUAACUGGUGCUACACCAGCUGAUCAGUCAACAAAUGGAACUGUACCUGAAACUGGGACUGUUGUAUCAUCUUUUGAGGACAAACUGAUGGGCAAUCCAGUGGGAUGGUUGCAGGAGCUUUGUAUGUCUCGCUUCUGGCCUCCACCCUCAUAUCAUGCAGAGAAUGAUGACAAUGUUUCCAGGCGUUUACCCCAUGAGCGCCAGUUCACGAUUGUUUGUACACUGUUGAAACGUCGUGAGGUGGGAACAGGAAAGUCUAAGAAAUUGGCUAAGCGCCAGGCAGCAUACAAAAUGUGGCAAGCACUUCAAGAUAAUCCACUAGAGACUUUCCAACCUGAAGAAGAGGGCGGUGUCGCAGCCCGCUAUGCCGACCUGAAAGAUAGUAAAAUCUCUACACUCACAACCAGUCACAGCCACAAGGUGUCGCAGUUUCACAAACACCUCAAACAAUCUGUCGGCCCUAACCUGGCCAAGUUGCAGGUGACCCCGCUUAACAACAAGGACUUCAACUUCGUCCAGUUCCUCCAAGAAAUAGCUUCUGAGCAGUCUUUUGAGGUGACGUAUGUAGAUAUUGAGGAAAAGUCUAUGACGGGGCGCAGUCAGUGUCUAGUCCAGCUAUCAACUUUGCCUGUCGCCGUAUGCUAUGGUUCAGGGCUAACUAGCAAGGAUGCUCAGUCUUCGGCAGCACAAAAUGCUCUCGAGUAUUUGAAAAUAAUGACAAAAAAGUGAAACGUCUCCUCAUCUUGCGACAUCAAUUAUUCACGCCUAGUGUCGAUCUAUGCAUUAUGAUCAAUGUAAAAUAUAUGGCCACUACAAGUUUAUACUUUAAUUUUAAAAAGAAAAUUUAGUCAGCAUAGAACGCCACUUCAAGGUUUAUGAUUGAUGUCGUCAGGUUUAGAGUCUGUAUGAAUCUUUAUUACCACAAUCCAUAUGAGUAUGGCAAUAAUGCCUUAGUGCCAGCAGCACUUCGGGCUAUGCUAUGUAACUGGCAUAUUCGCAGUAUAUUACUAACAAUUACUACUAUUAAUAUAGCUUUAAUUAAAUUUAAAUACUAUUUUAUUAAGGAUAAAAAAAUGCAGUGUUUCUUGCAACAAUCUCAAAAUUAUGAUAGUUCAUGUUUUUUUUUUAAUAACAAAGAAACCUUUUUCAAUUAAUUAUAAUUAUAAAAAAUCUAAUAAUUAUUGUAUAAAUAAAAUAAAUUAUAUUAGGAAGUUUGUAGAGACAUAAUCUCAUCCUUCAUGUAGCAUGCAAUCUAGUUUAAUUUGAAAAUGUUACAAGUUAUUCUUGUGGUUUCUUAAAAGUAUUCACAUUUAAACUUAUUUUUUAAAAAUCCCUUCACUAACCUUGAGUAAUACAAUUAUACUUUAAAUAUAUAUAAGGUAUCUUAUAAUGUUUGUUCGAAAAUGAAUUUGCACUAAGACUUGUAAAGAAUAAACUGAUGAAUUUGUAGAUUGUUUGCUGAAUUUUGCUCAUGACGCAAAUAGUAAUGACACACUUUAUUGUAUGAUCAUCAUUAAUUUUGGAAACUAUGACGAAGGUCUUGGCUUUCAUGAAUAAUUCGUAACCAACUGAACAAAUCUAACAGGAUACGAAACAAGAACGAAAAAGCCUACAAUUUCAUCUAUGGUUUUUUUACUAACUGAAAACAUUUCGUACUAAUACUGCUAAUAUGCGAGAGUAAAUAGCAUAGCCCGUAAAUAUAAAGAAACAAAGUAUGGAGUGGUCAUAUAACAAAUACAAGCUAUACUUUGCAUAGAAUUAGUGUAAUUUUCCCAGCGUGGAAAUUACUCAAUAAUUAAAAAAUGUAAAAAAAAUAUAUAAAAUAUGAAAAAUGUAUAAAAAAAAGUGUGGACUAUGAAUUUCCAGUUUAAUAUUCAGCAUUAUUUAGGCAUAAUUUUACAUAAUUAUAAUAAAAUGAACUCAUUAUUACUACUUACCCAAAAUAUUAGCUUUUAAUGUAUCAUAUUGUUAUAAAAAAAAAUAUGAAUGAAAUAAAAUAUGGUGUUUUAGUUAAAGUAUAUAUUAAUUUAAAUAAUAUUUUUUCUCGUCCGGUGUGUUAAGGAUUUUUCUAACAUGCUGAGCAUUAAACGGAAAAUAUUCUCAGCUGGUAUUGUCUUGUUGACGAACUGCCCGACCUUUGCUUUGUAAUUCGCUUUGAAAUCGUUGUUAAAUUUACAAAGUGCAAGGGUUGGAACUUGCAGGUAACUAACUUGUGAUUAAAUCGGAGAGGCAGGAUUGCUAAUUGUAUUUAUUUCAAUUUUACCAGUGAACGUAUAGGUUUUCUUUUUGAAACAUGAUGGAAAACUUUGCAGGGAAGCUGAGAACUAGGUGUUAGAGUGAAUAUAUCACUGGAAUUAAUGGUUGCGAUGUUAGGAUCCCUUGCCUGUGAAAAUGGGCAUUAUUUUAAUGCAAAGUAUAGAGGUUGUAACUAUUUCUACUGGUACAGGAUCGUCGUCUUAUUGGUUGUUACUGAUAACGACGAGGGUUUUGCACUUACCGAGUUUCUUUUAAAUUGAAUGGUGUGAGUUCAGCCUGCCCUAUUAAAACAUCGCACUGUUCAAAUUAGAAAAGACUAAUUGGAGUAAAGGAAUGGAGUUCUGUUCAACCAAGACCAACUAAAUAAAAUUAUAAUGUCAGAACAUCGAGACGUUGAAGUUCACUUGUUACACUUUUAUGUUUAGUCAGUCUUGGUUUUACUUUAAUUAUAAUAAUAAUAAUUAUAAUAUAGAUAUUGUCACUGUAGUAAAAAAUCAAAAUUUUCCUCGCUUUAGCUGCGGUGUAGUCACUUUUUUGAAAAAUUAUAUAACUAAUAUAUUUGCUGCGCGUCUUUUCUGCUCUAACUACAAUAAAGUUUGGUAUUGCUUAAAA